CUUCGGUCUGCUAACGCGUGAGCUCAAGAUAUCCCACCAACCUAACCACCUUACUACCUGACCAUCUUUACCCAUCCCUGGAUCGCAAAAUCGCACGCAAAUCUCGUGCUCACGAUCCUUGGGCUUCAGGGUCUUUUCCUCUUUCACCUCCCAUCUAUCUGAGCUCUUUAUCUGUUUCCUUCUCAAGCUCUUGGUUUCCGAUCGCCUUACUAGCGGAGUACAACUGAAUCGCAUAUGCGAAACGAACCAACAGCAGAUCGCUAUUUGGGCAUCGACUUCUGCAGCUGAGUAUCUGGCUACGAUCUCCAUGUGUGAUAAUCCGAUCCGCUCUGAACCAUCUUCGUUUUACAUCAUCCUCCACAAAACAAUAAUCGCUUCACGGACUGUAUAGCUAUGGACCACUCAGGCCCACGGUCCAUCCUGACUUCCGAAAAUUUCCAUAAUACACAUGAGUUUUCUCGAGCCACCUCUCCAGGAGGUGAGCCUGCGGUCAUGAAUGGAGACGGCGACCCCAAGGCGCGCGUUCGCCCACGCACAUAUCCGUACUUCAAGUACCUACCAUAUUCACUCGAGGAUGAGCCAGAGAGGGAUAAAAACUUCCGGGAGAUCCUACGACAACUCUACAUUGCGGUGGAAGCUGGAGACUUCAGUCCUGGCGCUGUGCAUUGGACCCGGGAGCUCAGAGGGUGGCUAUCACUCAAAUUCGAUCCUACUCGGACGCAACGGAUCAAUCUCGUCAAACUGUACUACGAACUCUCACUUGCCCCCGGAAUCGAUCCCAAUGUAGCAGAACGAUUUGCGAGCAUGUUCAUGCUGCUCACCAAGCGUAAGCAUUAUCUUCGGCCCGUCAAGGAUCUGACGCUGGACUGGAGGCCUUUGUACAGGGAGCUGAAAUCUUUUGUUCUACCCACCGAGUCGGGCUUGGUCCAUUCCACCAAUCUCAAACGCAACAUCAAGACCCUGACCAAGCUCUGCGCUUUCAUUCAAUUGUACAUUGAUCCCCGUGAACUGCCGGCGAUGCUAGAGGAAUUCCUUCCACAUUAUUCGACUUCCUUCUCAGAGGGUGCUUUCGUUGUCGUCGGAUUGAUCAAUCUGAUGUUGCCUACGUCUCCCCCACCCGAGUCCAGGGAGGAUCUGCUCCCGCAGCACUAUAUGCCGACCUACUUCCACCUGUGGUCGUUAGUUAGUCGGUCAAAGACUUUCGAUAUCACUUUCUUGGACUACCUUUCUCGACUAGCUCGGGAUUCUCUGCCCGCCGGCCAUAUACCGUUCUCGGAGUAUGGUAUUUUUACUCCCGACCAGUCAUCGCUCAUAUUCACGGCGAUUUUGAGACUGCUGGAAAUCCCCGUGGGACAGUCAACUUCGCCCUACAGUGCUCUUGUUGACAUCUCUUCGGGUCUGGGUAUCAUGCUCGAUCGGGACACACGGAAGCAUCCGGUCGCGCAUCAUAUCGCCAGGUGGAUUGUGAUGUCGCUGUCACCCGCAUGUCUCGAUGCUCAGGAGUCAAUACUCACUCAGCUCGAGGGUCUUAUUCAGGCAGUAGAGACCUUCUUCCACCCAUCCAAUUCCGGUGGCUGGACAAAGACAUUGUCGCAGUUGGUGUACUACCUGGCAGAUUUCUUUGUGAUGCGGUGGAACCGAGAGCAAAGUGGCGAAAUGGAAAUUCCAGCAGAGCGUCGGUUGACCGAGCCCCUAAAACGACGCUUCGUGCUUUGCCUGCGCGACGUGAUUUUCAUGGGAAUCUAUGCCAAGAGUGGUACGGCCAUGAGCUUCUCAUUGUCUACGCUGCAGAACCUGGCUUUCUUAGAACCACAUCUCAUCCUUCCCGGUGCCUUGCAACGCAUUUACCCGUCAUUACAGGGACUCGUGGAAGUUCAUCGGACUACAUCCUCGCUCCGUGCUCUUCAGGUUCUAUCACGGAUCAUCUCCAAAACCAAAGGGUAUCGCUGCCACAUGACAACUCUUCUUGGACUCGCGCUACCAGGAAUUGACGCCAACGACCUGGAGAAGUCAUUACACUCCUUAUCAUUCAUCCAGGCCGCUUGCUACAAUAUACCCAUGGCCGAUUUGACCAAAGGGAGAGAGGACGUAAACUGUAACAUGCUCGCAAUGCAAUGGAUUACCGGCGAGAUGGAACGCAUGGAGGAAGAGGGUGUCGAUAUCCAACUGAACUAUGAUACCGAGUUGGACGAUGAAACCGAGGAGAUGAUCCUCCGCUCAUCCACUUGCGGCUUUGGAGACUUUAUUGUGUCGUUCUUAGGUCGUGUCUUCACGCUCUUGGAGAAUUUGCCGGACGUGAGUAGAGUUCGGACCGGAUCGCCCGAAGAAAAUAUUGUGAACACCCUGCCGGCAACGUUCAUGCCACUGCUGUCGUCCCUCUCCCCUGAAUACUAUGACAUUGCCUUGUCCAAGGUGGUCGAUUUCGUCUCCAACCACGUGAUCCAUCAAGCUCGGGAUGCAAUGGCCUUCAUCUGUAACUCAGUUUGCAAGGUGAACCCUGCAAAGGCUUUGAAACGGUUCAUCCCCGUUUUGACGCAGGCUAUCCGUACCGAGAUUGACGACAAUGGAGCCGGUUCAACCAGAACUACGGGAACAGACGUUUUGCCUCGAGACCGUGGCCUGGUUUGGAAUGUCAGCAUGCUGAGCAUGUGCGUCGUUCAUGUCGGAGAUGCCGUGCUGGCUCACAAAAAGGAGCUCUUCGAUACAGCCGUCUAUAUGCAACAGAAGUGCCGAGGAAUACCCACAGUACAUAUCUCCAACUUCAUACACCACCUUCUUCUCAACCUCACGGGUACUUACACAUCUGACUACUCGCUUUACGAGCCUGAGGUCGUGGCGCAAGGCAUACAGCCUGAACACUGGGGCUACCAACAAGAUCCCUGUAAAUUGAGUGUAAAAUGGCAUGUGCCUAAACGCGAGGAACUUGAAUUUGCCGUGGAGCUCUUCCAGAACCAGGCUGAGUCUGCUUUAAAGCAGCUAAAAGCAUUGACCAACGAAACUUCCAACGUGAAGCGCGAUGGCAGCGGUAAAGAGUGGUCGGAUGAAGUGACGAGGAAUCUGGUUCUGCUGCGUCUCAUCCUUUCCGGGAUCUCGGUGCUUUUCGACCCCAGUGCCGCAUCUACAACGACCUCAGCUGGGCUUUCCGACGGGGCAACUGAUGUGAAGAUGAUGGACGCAGAGGGAGCGCCAAGCGAUGACGAUGACCCGGAUUCAGCACUUGAUAGCUCUGAUGAUUCCGCAGUAAGGGAGACUUUCACCUACCCUACUGGGUAUCCGCUCACGGAGAACGAUAAAUUGUACACGGCCAUUCAUGAUAUCAGAGAACGGGCAGGAUGGGUCUUGCACGAUGUGCAUAGAUUCCUGUCUGAUAAGCAGGAGGACGAUGUGCCAUGCUUUGCAGCGCUCUAUUCGGCGUACCGCUCCUGGUUCGUUGACGUUGGCAUUGAACGUUCCGCCCAUGUUCUAGACAGAGUCACUCGACUCCUUGCGGCCGACAUUCAUCCUUACAAGAUGAGCGGUCUCCGAAAGGAUUAUCCUCGUCCAUUGCUCGUACGAAGAGCAAAUGUAUACCACUUGCAACGACUUCGACACAAUGCAGCACCCCGCCGUCGUUCCAAACUCGAUGAAAUUCUACUUCUAGACAUUGCCGAGUCUUGCGUCUCUCUCUAUACUGAAACUAGACGCAACGCCCAGAGCGCGGGUGAGUCGGCUCUGAAAGCUGUCUGGGGAUCUCGCCUCCUAGUGAUUCCUCCUCUAUUGAAGGCUCUUCAGAAAGGCAUAAGAGAAAACGACCAUGCUCGUAUCAAGGGUGCUUUGUUCUCUCUACUUUUAGGCAGUGUUGCUAAAACUGUUGGACGUCAUUGGAAAUAUGCUCCUGUUCUCAUUCGAACAUUCAUCGACGCUAGCGCUGUCGAUAAACCAUCUGUGCAGAGGAUUUGCUCAAGUGCCGUUUACCAGAUCAUGGAAUACGGACGUGCUAUGGAAAGGAUGGCAGUUCUUGACCGGGACAUUAUCGAAAAGAUCGCUCCUGGACAAGAUGUCCAGGGUGAGAUUGAACAGAAACGCAAUGCCAUCAACAAGAAGCGCGUUCUUAUCGAGAAGAAGAAGGCAGAUUUGGCCGAAGAAUUGGUGAACCUUGCCAGAGUGUCACACUGGAAAGUUGCCAGUCGGGCAGCCACGAUCGUGAUCACUAUGGGACUUCGGUUCGACUACAUCGCAAGCGGAAACCUAGUUGAGCUCGUGACCCACGGCUCAAUCGACGACCAUCCGGGACUGCGCGGCAUGUACUCACAGGCACUUAUUGCCCUUUUUACGAUGAUAGACGUGCGGGCAAUUUGCAGCCACGAUUACAAAAAUUACAUCCUGGGCCACCAGCAUUUCCCCUCGAAACUCAAGGUUGCCACUAAGCGCUACGAAGAAGGCUGGACGAAAGAGUACCUAGCCAGCUUUGCUAACCCAGAAGCGGAGUACUACGUUGAUCAUGACUUCCCUGGCUGGCUUGUCUGGGCGGACAGCAUGCCCGCCUACAAGUCGAACGUGAAGCGUGACAUCGAGUAUGAUGAGGUAGAAUGGAAAGUUCGAGCGCAUAUGGGUAAAUUGUUUGACAGGGCAUGGUUUUCCAAGUUCUUCAUGUAUCUGAAGCAGGAACCACGGGACCCUUCGGCUGAUAAGUUCCGCAUGCCCUGCGCGAUGAUGCUUCUCUACGCCUUCGAACUGAUGCUUCGUGACGAGCUCACAGCUGCUACCUUCAAAGACAUUCAGGAAGAAAUCGAAGCUGUCUUUGAGGAUGGGACUGAUAAACAUCAACACCGCGCUACUGCUGAGAUCCUCGGGGCUCUGGUGAGCUCUGUGGCAGACACCAGUGUGGAGAAGCGGACACUGGUUUGGGAAUAUGCUUUCCCCAUUGUCCAAAGAAUCUUCACAGAUGGGUUGACCCCCGAGAACUCCGGCUACUGGACGACGUUCUUGCAUAUGAUCCUCCAGUGCCGAGAUCCACGCAGAGCGUGGCCUUUGGUUGACUGGCUUGCAAGCUUCCGGCUGGAUAUGGGCACCAAUGCAGCAUUCAAGGAGAGCUCAAAAAUCAAUCUCCUGCAUCAGUCAAUCAUUGACGCAGGGUGGCACUUCCAAAUGGAAACACCAAUUGUCGAAGAUUUCCUUGCACAUCUGGAUCACCCAUACAAAGGUGUUCGAGAAGCCAUGGGACAAACCCUGGCAACGAUCUUUCGCACCAGGUAUCAUGAAUCGUAUCCUGACCUUAAACGCCUUCUCGAUGCACAGAAGUCUGCAUCUCCGGUUGGUACCUAUCCAUAUCGCCCCACAGAAGACUUCAUCAAGAUGAUUCAUGAAGUCUUCAGCCGCAUUGAGACUUGGCGCCAGGCCCGCACACCCGGUCAACAAACGCCAUCAUCCUAUACUUCCGGAUGUAAGACGGUUCUGCUGUGGCUUGACUCAACCCUUUCGUCCCAUGAAUGUACACAGUUGGUGUCGUUCUUCCCCGAUCUGUUCACGGGACAGCUUCUGCAUAUGAUGGAUGUCAAGGAAGAUCCAGAGCUCCAGUCGUUGGCUUACCAUGUCUUCCGUCACCUGCCUAACAUCCCGUAUCCUGCCGAGCACAACUCCGAGUUUAUCAAGACGCUCAUUCAUAUUGGGCAGACGUCUCCAUCGUGGCACCAACGUCUGCGAGUCAUGAUUAACAUUCAGAUCAUUUACUUCCGUCGUCUUUUCUUGCUCUCUGUGGGCGACCGUGACAAGCUCUUUGAGUGCGUGGCUAGCAUGCUGGAGGACCCACAGCAUGAAGUGAGAGUGGGAGCAUCUGCCACUUUGUCUGGAAUGAUCCGUUGCUCCCCUAUCUCGCUCCGGGAAGAGAUGGUCGCCCGACUCAAGAAACGAUUCACUAAAGUCUUGGUUGAAAAUCCUCUUCCGAAGAAACCCAAGGCACUUCGCUCGGGCAUCUCAACCCCAGUCUCCUCUGGAGCUGGUACCCCGACUCCGGAACACACCCGGCUCAUUAUCUCCAGACAUGGCGCAGUCCUAGGACUUGGAGCGCUCAUUCAAGCCUUCCCCUACAACAGUCCACCACCCAGAUGGAUGCCUGAUGCUCUGACUACGCUAAGUGUUCGAGCGGCAAGCGAUCCUGGCAUUGUCGGAUCCAGUGUCAAGUCCAUUAUCAGCGAGUUCAAGAAGACUAGACAAGAUACCUGGCACAUUGACGCGAAGGCAUUUACAUCGGACCAGCUUGAAGAUCUCUCUGGAGUGCUUUGGAAGAGCUACUUUGCGUGAUUCCUCUGUUACUUACGGAGUGAACGAAUAUAUGACAAUUUGAUGUGUUGUUUUGGUAACGCUCGGCUGAAGGCUUUGGGGGUUAUGCUUAGGUAGUUGUAACAGUAGAUCUUUUGACUCUGAUGAAAGACCGCGUGGGUGCUGAACUGAGACUAUUAAUUAUUAAUACUAUCAAUCAAGAACUCGUG